AUGGCUAAUAGACAUUCAAAUAAAUUACUAACUUCGGGAUAUGUCUGGAAUCAUUAUGGUCAUGAUAGAUCGGUUGAUAAAAGCCCAACUGGUAUUAUUAUCCAUUUAGGAAAAGAAGAGCGUACUCCAGUAAAUCUUUCAUCGUUGAGAAAUCAACAAGUACAACAAUCUUCAUAUGAUCAAGGUUUGAAGUCAUGGAUUAAUCAUCAAGAACACAACAGAAAUGUUCCUGGACUUAAAAAAAUGGAGACAUCUUCUUCUACAACACAGAAACUAUCGAAUAAUUACUCAUCAACAACUCAAGUCAAUAAUAGAACAACUCACAAACAACUAUCACCAAUAGUUUCAUAUAAUUAUUCACCAGUGAAACAAAUUCUUCAUUCACAUAAUCAUGAUCAAUAUUCAUUAACAAAUUAUCAAACAUCUUCGUCUCAUGACAGUUUCAAAUAUAUUAUGCCACUACAAGAACAAACAUUUGAUAAAGUAAUAUACACCACACACAGAGUAUUUGAUGAAACAGAUGUUUUUUAUCAUAAUCUUGCUCGUGCAAUACAACAUCCUUCAGACAUAUUGUUCAAUGAAUCAUUAGAACGAUAUCCUCGACAACACAUGCCAAUAAAAAGUGAUAAUGAUUUCAAUCAUAUAGAACUAACUGAUAUUCGAUAUAUACUCAAUCUUAUUGAACAAGAUUAUCUUCAUACUAUUCAACCAUAUGUAUCGGGUGUAACAUUUAAAAAGAAUAAUGAAGAUGAUCAAGUUUUAGUUGAUAUUGGAUCAAUAGCACUAGCUACUGUUGAAAAAGGUUACACAAGACAAACUGAAGAUAUAUAUCAUCGACAAGUACCAGCACGCCGAUAUAUUGACACAAAUAGUUUUAGCUCAUCUAAAAAAAUGCAUUCAAAAAAUUCGUCUACCAAGGAUCAACAUUCAUUAGUGAAUAGAAGAAAACAUAGAACACGACAUAGAGAUGUAUCAGAAUCAUUCAAUACAGUGGAUGCGGAAUCACAAACAGACAACAAUGAAUAUCAGGAUUCUGAUUCCAUGAUGCAUCAAAUUGACUCCAGCGACUAUCAUUCAGCCAAUCCUAAUGAAUUUUGUUUAUGGAACCAUGAUAAUUAUCAGCAUAGUGAGAUGAAGCAUGAUCAAAACACACCAUGUGAAGUCAAUGUGGUCAUGACCGAGAAAACUGCUAUUGUCAAAGAAAAUCAAAUUUCUUCACCGACACGUGAAUGUGUUGUCUGCUUCGUUGAACAACCUGAACGAGAGUUUUAUCCAACAUAUAGUGAAAAAUGUCGACAUACUCGUCGGUAUAUUUGCAAUAAAUGCACAUCCUACAGUGUUAAAACUAUUCUUGAUAGUGGUAUUAGUAGUCGAGUGGCAUGUCCUGAAAUAAAUUGUUUGGUAAAAUGGAAUUCAGACGAAAUUCGUCGAGUACUCUUGGCUACUGAAAAUAAUUUAUUAUUGAGAAAAUAUGAUGCUUAUCUGAUCAAACGAUUCUUUGAAAAUCAAUUUAAUUUUUUUUGGUGUGCUCAUGAAUGUGGUUCUGGUCAAUAUGAUUAUAGAAGAUUAACUCGAAAUUGGAAAAUUACUUGUAGUCAAUGCAAAAGAGAUACAUGUGCUUUUCAUCGUGUUAAAUGGCAUGAAGGUAUGACUUGUGAACAAUAUGAUCGAUUGUAUCCAUCUAGUGAUACAAGAACACGAAAAUGGAUUAAAAAAAAUUCGAAAAAAUGUCCCAGAUGUCAAUGCAACAUUGAGAAGGAUGGCGGUUGUGAUCAUAUAACUUGUCAAAAAUGUCGAUAUGAAUUCUGUUGGGAUUGUUUGGUUGACUAUUCUUUAUUUAAAAAUUACGCAAAUGUUGAACAUAAAAUCAAUUGUAGAAAUCAUCCAAUUGGAAAAUUUGUACUACCUAUGCGUUUUCUUAAGUUUCGAAGGUAA